AUGAAAUUGUCACGUCAUAAAUAUAUUCGUCGUUUACUUAAUUAUUAUCGAACACAUUUUAAUAUUGAACCUCCAUUUAUAAUAUUAAUUGAUGGAACAUUUGCAUUUGAAGCACUUCAAUGGAAAAUUCAAAUUGAUCAACAAUUAAAAGCUUAUUUAGAAACUCAACUAAUUAUUUGUUCAACUACUUUAUGUGCAAUUAAAGAAACUGAAUUAUUAGGUGGAAUUGCAUAUGGUGCAAUGUUAAUAUUAAAACAAUAUGAUAUAAUAAAAUGUGAUCAUUAUCCAUCAAUAUCAGCUGAAAAAUGUUUUCAAAAAAUUUUAAUCAAAGAUAAAACUAAAAAAUAUUUUCUUGCAUCACAAUCAUUAUCAUUACGUGAAUUCAGUCGUAUUAAUCGUCCAGAUUUACCAACAAUGUUGAUAAGACAUAAUGCUAUUAAUUUAGAACGUCCAUCAAUAAAUUCUCGUGAAAUAGUUGAAGAAAGAAAAAAUGAACAAAUUAAUUUAAGUAAACAUGAAUCAAAUGUUUUAAAAAAAAUCAAACAUGAACUUAAUCUUGAUGAAAAUGAAAAUGAUAUUAAAAAAAAGAAAAAGAAAAAACAUGGAAUUAAUCCAUUAUCAAUUAAAAAAAAGAAAAUAAAAACUUUAAUAAAUCAAUCAAUUUCAAAUAAUAAUAAGAAUUUAUCAAAAAAGAAAAGACGUCGAACAAGACAAAUAAGAAUGUCAUUACAUUUAAAACAACAUUUAAAAGAAUUAGAAAAAAAAUUUUCUAUUAAACAAUUUUUUCAUCUUGAAUAA